CUGCUAUACAAGUCCAGCACCCAGCCGCCGCCGCCGCCGCCAAACCCAUCAUCGCUCGCUCUCGCUCUCGCUCACCGCCACGCGCCUCGCCGCCACGGCCUCCCCACCCCGCCACGGCUGAUCUGCUCCGACGACCGCCCGCUCUUCAUGUAGACACAGCAGUCCGGUCCCGCUCGCGGUGGAGGAUCAGUUUGCUGUGGCGUCCCGCCGCCCGUCGCGUCACGGCGCCGCAAAAUGACGGUGAUGAAGGUGGAGCAGGACCCCGCGCUGGAGCUGGCGCCCGAGGCCGGGGCGGAGGAGCUCUCGCCGCCGCUGUCGUCCUGCGAUGAGGAGGACGACGAUGAGGACGAGGAGACCGACAGCGAGGGGAAUGGCGGUGGCGGCGAGCCCCCGCUGAAGAAGGGGCCCUGGACGCCCGAGGAGGACAAGCGCCUCAAGGACUACGUCGAGGCGCACGGCGAAGGGAACUGGAACCAGGUGCAGCGGAACGCCGGGCUUAACCGCUGCGGCAAGAGCUGCCGCCUCCGCUGGGCCAACCACCUCAGGCCCGACCUCAAGAAGGGGCCUUUCGACGCCGAGGAGGUUGAAAAGAUCAUCAAGUUCCACAUCAUGUGGGGGAACAAGUGGGCCAAGAUGGCCUCCCACUUACCAGGUCGCACAGAUAAUGAAAUUAAAAAUUAUUGGAAUACAAGAUUGAAGAGGCAUCAGAGAGCUGGUUUGCCUAUCUAUCCAGAAUAUUUGCUUUCUCGGGUUCCGGAUCAAGACAUGAACUGCCACACUCCUGAUGAGUCACGCGGCAAGAAACGUUCAAACGAGUUACCGCAGGAAAAAGUUGUUGGUAUGGAUGAUCUUGUGGGUGAUUUUAUGGUAUUUCAGCACCUUGACUAUGGUAAGGAUCCAGUGGUUCCAACAAACCCACUAAAGCGUCAUGCGUCUACUGGUGAUCUGUCGAGUGUGCAAAUUACUGUUAAUACUGAGAAGACCUUUUACUCCAAUGAUUUGAACUAUGUUUUGACAAAGAGUCAGUCGAUGCCUCUGGGUUGUGCCAUUGCCAGUGGCUAUCCUAUAUUCGAUGGCAAUCUCUCUACUUCUGGGACCAUACAUGGGUCCAUGAAGACAGAGCUCCCUUCAUUCCAAUGUUCCAAAGAUGACUUAAGUAAUGGCUGGUUGCUUCAAUGCCCCUGGGCUUCUAUUGAACAACAGAUUGACACCUUUAUUCAAUCUCCAGAGUCCAUGUCUUCACAUAACACUGGUCUGCUGGGCACGAUCAUUAACAAGGGUGAUGUACUAGAUGAUCCUACUAAGUUUGAAAGAAUUUUUGAAAUGGCCGUCCCUCUUGGAUACAAUAUAGUUUCACAAUCUGAUGAUUACCCUACGAGGCAUCCUUCCUCUUCAGUCAAUGGUGACUGUGAACCUGACACAUGUCUUUUCACUGAAAUUCAAGAUUCAAACUCACCUUCAGGUGGUUCUGAUGCUAUUUUCACUCUUGGCAAAUGUUAUCCAGAUGCUAAUUUUUCUGUUGCUGGGAUGCCUGGUACAUCACUAGAAGCAAGCUUCUUAAAUGAUGAUUCCCUACUCUCGAAGGACCACUCCUAUCUCUACCCGUCGGGUUCACUCUUUGAUGAGGAGUCUUGUGAAGAGCCUAAGCCGUUAAUUUAUGCAGGCCAAUGGUUUGAUUCUACCGCCUGGAAAAGCGUGCCAGGUGCUUGUAACAUGCCUGACUUUCCAGGUCCUUGAACGGCAGUUCUCUAUUGGGCAUCCAGUGCUACAGCGAACACAUAUUAGAGGAACCAAAGAGCAAUCUUUUGCAACAACCAUGAUUGCCUAGGUGUUCAAAUAAAUGGAGAUUUGCCCUGCUACUGUUACGAGUCUUAGAUUGUUAAAUUUGUUUGGUAAAGACCUUGAGUGCUUGAACUUCAAAUUCAUUUGGUUUGGUGUGAUACGUCUGAAUUAUGUACAAGAACUGCAGUAUUUGAUAUGAUGUCUGAACUAUGCUAAAGGACCUAUUUCAUUCUUCGAUGUAAAGGGUUUUGUUGGGACUAAUGCUGAAUGUUUCAUGUGCUGUCUUUUUA